CAAGCGCCAGGGCUACAACUGCAUCCAAGUGAUGGCCAUCAUGGAGCACGCAUAUUACGCCAGCUUCGGCUACCAGGUGACCAGCUUCUAUGCGGCCUCCAGUCGUUUCGGUAACCCGGAGCAGCUGAAGCGCAUGAUCGACGUGGCUCACUCGCAUGGGCUCUUCGUUCUCCUCGACGUUGUCCAUUCGCACGCCUCCAAGAACGUCCAGGACGGCCUCAACCAGUUCGAUGGAACCAACAGUUGCUUCUUCCACGACGGAGCCCGUGGGGAGCACGCGCUGUGGGACAGCCGUCUCUUCAACUACGUGGAGUACGAGGUGCUGCGGUUCCUGCUGUCCAACCUGCGUUGGUGGCACGACGAGUACAACUUCGACGGCUAUCGCUUCGACGGAGUCACCUCCAUGCUCUACCACUCCCGGGGCAUCGGUGAGGGCUUUAGUGGCGACUACAACGAGUACUUUGGCCUGAACGUUGACACGGAUGCCCUCAAUUAUCUGGGGCUGGCAAAUCACCUGCUGCACACCCUAGAUCCGAGGAUUAUUACUAUUGCAGAGGAUGUAUCCGGAAUGCCAACCUUGUGCCGCCCCGUUUCGGAGGGCGGCAUCGGAUUCGACUACCGCCUGGGUAUGGCCAUCCCAGACAAGUGGAUCGAGCUCCUCAAGGAGCAGAGUGACGACGAGUGGAACAUGGGCAACUUGGUGCAUACGCUGACCAACCGCCGCUGGAUGGAGAAUACUGUUGCGUACGCAGAGUCCCACGAUCAGGCGCUGGUGGGCGACAAGACGGUAGCCUUCUGGCUGAUGGACAAAGAGAUGUAUACGCACAUGUCGACGUUGUCGGACCCAUCGGUUAUUAUUGACCGCGGACUGUCGCUGCACAAGAUGAUCCGCCUGAUCACUCACGCUCUAGGAGGUGAGGCGUACCUUAACUUCAUGGGCAACGAGUUUGGUCAUCCUGAGUGGCUGGACUUCCCACGCGUCGGAAACAACGACUCGUACCACUAUGCUCGCCGGCAGUGGAAUCUGGUGGACGACGACAUGCUGAAGUACAAGUACCUCAACGAGUUCGAUCGGGCCAUGAACGAGGCAGAGGAGCGCUUUGGGUGGCUGCAUUCCGGACCCGCCUGGGUCAGCUGGAAACAUGAGGGCGACAAAAUCAUCGCCUUCGAGCGUGCCGGCCUGGUCUUUGUCUUCAACUUCCACCCACAGCGGAGUUUCACCGGGUACCGCGUGGGCACCAACUGGGCGGGCACCUACCAGGCGGUGCUCUCCUCAGACGAUCCGCUCUUCGGCGGACACAACCGCAUCGAUGCCAACUGCAAGCACCCCUCCAACCCGGAGGGUUACGCCGGCCGAUCAAACUUUAUUGAGGUCUACACGCCCUCUCGCACGGUCGUGGUCUAUGCCCGCGUCAGUGACUAACUAAUAGUCGAGAUUGACUUCGGACCGGGUAUACAAAAGAAUGUUAAUGCCUAAACGAAUUUCAUAUAGUCAUAGUGUUUGUUAAUGUUACGAAUCGGGAAGCCAUCAUUGAAAUAUAUAUGCUCAUUGAGGUAUAGUUUUCUAAAA